CUUGGCGUGGGAGGGGCGGCUAUGAAUAAUUACACCAUGGUGACCAACUUCAUCCUCCUUGGGCUAACGAACCAGCAGGAGCUACAGAUUCCUCUGUUUGUGCUAUUUCUGCUGAUCUAUGUUUUGACAUUGGCUGGGAAUAUGGGGAUGAUUGUACUGAUCAGGAUCAGUCCCCGCCUUCACACUCCUAUGUAUUUCUUCCUCAUAAAUCUAUCAGUGGUUGAUCUCUGCUAUUCUUCAGUCUUUGCUCCAAGGCUACUGAUGAGCUUAGCACAGUCUAAAACAAUUUCUUUUGCUGGAUGCAUCACUCAACAUUGCUUUUUUGUAGUGUUUGUGUCUACUGAAGGCUUCCUGCUAGCUGCUAUGGCAUAUGACCGUUAUGUGGCCAUUUGUAAUCCAUUGCUCUAUACUGCUAUUAUGACCAAAAGGGUCUGCAUUCACCUAGUAGCAGGGUCAUACUUAGGGGGUUUAUUGAAUUCUCUCACACACACAUCUGGCUUGCUGAGACUCUCAUUCUGUGCCCCUGCUAUAAUCAACCAUUUCUUUUGUGAUACCCCAGCUGUGCUGACAGCUGCAUGCUCUGAUAUCCACAUUAAUGAACUUUUGUUGGUCACCUUCUCAGGGGUAGUUGCUCUUUCGACACUCUUCAUCAUUGUAAUCUCCUACCUGUGCAUCCUCUCUGCUAUCAUAAAGAUCCACUCUUCUGAGGGAAGAAUCAAAGCAUUCUCCACCUGUGCCUCCCACCUGACAGCUGUAACCUUGUUCUAUGGUCCAGUAAGCUUAAGCCAUUUGCUGCCCAUGUCCAUGUACUCUCAGGAUCAAGAAAAAGUAUCAGCUGUGUUUUACACUCUUGUGGUCCCAUUGCUGAACCCAUUGAUUUACAGUUUGAGGAACAAAGAGGUAAAGGAUGCUUUGAAAACAGUCAUCAAUGUUCAGAAAUGA